CGUUCCGUGCAAGUAUGAUACACCGAGCCGAUAUCGAGAAGAAUGUGAAUCGCUUCCUGGAUCACCGCCCGGAUGCAACUGUGACCGGCCAUGUUAUCUGGCAGGCCAUCCAAUUCACUGCGACGGAGAAGGCAAUGGCCUUGCCUACCUCAUUCACUCGUGGCUCAAGCAUGAAUCUGGUUACCCCAAAGCUUGUUGACACAUCUGACAGGUCUCUAGUCGAAACCUUCAGCAAAACCUUUCGCGAUGGUCGAAAAGAGUCAGAUUUGGAGCGGCCGAUGUUCUACUUGACGCCUUAUAUAACGUGCGACAAGUGCAACACUUUGAUGUUCAUUGACGCAGCUAAAGUUCGCAGCUUCAGCGCUAGGAUGCCUGGCGGCAUUUGCGAAGUUAGCGCUGGCGAUGAAACUUUGGGCGUGUGUCCCAGUUGCGCGUCAACAGCUAAUUUCUGUCUGGGGGCGCAUGAUUUCCUGGGAAAGAUUGCUGGCAGCAAAGCCGAGCUCAUCAAGCAAAUUAAGAUCCGCCAUGCUGCCGCAUUUCUCCUUGGGCGGUCGUAUCGAUUCUAUCUUCGGCGUCAAUGUGCGCGCGCAUGCCGAACGCGAGAGAAAGUUUGGGCCUAUUUGCAACGUCUUUGCGCAGCCAUAAUAGAAGCGGUGCUUCGGGGGCGGCUAGGAAGGCGCAAAGCACGAACCUGUGCAUACCUGAAUUACGUCCAGAAGGCACAUCCUAUCAGUCUGUCCAAGGCCCUAUCCCUCGGUGGAGAGUUCAAGGUCUUCUGGUACAAGUCAAAGGAACAAAUCCGACUCUUGUUCAAUGAUUAUUUGGUGCUGGUGGAGCGCACUGGCUUCGUUCCACCGCGUUACGUUGUCGAGGCCAAUAUCCAAGAGAUCGCGCGCCGAAUCAAAGCUCGAGAACACACUCUUAUCACCGCGGUUCAGUCAAGAUGGCGCGCAAUCA